AUGGCGCAAACGACUGGCGAUGUCGGCCUUGAUCCUGCAGGAUCCUAUGUGAACAUAUCCUGCUUCGAUUUGCUCCUCAUCGAAUUGGUUCCGCUGGCCGAGCGCAUGGCACGCGAGUAUGAAGCCUCCCUCGAUCGACCAAGUUUCGCGAACAGAUCAACCAAGAAUACAAAUGCUGCCUCAACGACUGGCGGGGCAGGAACGGUCAUUGCAGGCGACGGGCAACCAGAGACAGAGCUGUUCAAGGAGACAAUGUAUUACAGGCUGGAGAGCUUGGGCUACCGAGUCGGGCUGGGAUUGAGCGAGCGCUUCUCGAGGGAUAGACCCCGGAUUACAGAUCAGCUGGAUGUUAUCAAAUUUCUUUGCAAAGACUUAUGGAUGGUGGUGUUCAAGAAGCAGAUUGACAACCUCAAGACGAAUCACAGGGGAGUGUUUGUUCUGACGGACAGCAAAUUCAGGCCAUUUUCCAGGAUGAGCAUGGUCAGCGCGGCGGAAGCCGUUCAUCGUGCGCAGCCACAUCUGAUCUUUCCUUGUGGCAUUAUUCGUGGGGCGUUAGCCAGCUUGGGCGUAACAGCGACAGUACAAGCGGAAACCCAGGACCUGCCGGCUGCAACCUUUCAAAUCAAAACGGCACAGGCCAAACCUUGA